UAAGAUAUAGCAACAGUAUAUCAACGCGCGGAAGUGAUUACAAAGUGGAAAUUAUGUUCCUGAUAAUCAAGUGCCAAAGAAUUAUAUUUUUAAUAAUCUAAUAGUGAAAGCAAUAAAAGUGUUUCCUGUUUAUAACUGUUAGGAAUGUGAUAAAUGGAUUAAUGAAUUCAAAAUGCAAAAGUUCUUUGUUCUUUUUUGUUUCGUCUUAUUGACAUUUAAUGGCAGCUAUGCAUGCUCUAUGGAAAACAUCAGUAACUGGUUAUUACCGGUCACCACAAAUAUCUACGAUACGGAAAGGGAUGUUUUCUUUAGAAGAUCCACAUCUAAUAUAGAAGGUAUAAAUUCCGUAACGAACAGCGAAGGUUUAAAUGGAGGUCCGUAUUUAACGGUUUCAUACAGUAACUCCGAAUUCACUAUCGCACCGAAUACUCAGUUUGAAAACUAUGAAGAAAACGAAACGGAACACUCGAUAGGGGUUACUGUUAAUUUUAGAUGCAGUGGUGGUUCCAGUAAUACUUUGGUUUUCGUUAUAAAUAUUAUAGACACAAAUAAUAAUGCACCUCAGUUCAGACCAAGUGAUAACUAUCUUUAUAAAGUUGCACCGCCGCUGCCGCCUGGAUUUUUGAUUAACGAUUGCGUCAAUAAUAUAAUCGUGCGGGAUAUCGAUCUGACAACUCAAAGAAUUGAUUUCGAAAUCGAAGAAAAUCCAUUUUUCGAAAUCGUUUCCGACACAUCUACAACGCCUAAAGAAUUUAAAGCUACUUUACGGACUACUACAUUUAUAAGAAGAAUUUCAGAACCUAUUGUUUUACGGAUAAAAGCAACGGAUGUUGAUCUCACCGGUGAUCCCCCAAUCACAAGCAACGCAACAGUACGCAUAGAGGUUGACACAGAAUUUGAAUUUCCUGAUGAUCUCAUAUUUUCACAAACUUUUUAUAUAGCUACUUAUACUAUUGAGGGAAAUAUUCGUCUAGAAAAUGACAUAUAUCUGCAACAAGGCUAUGACGCAAAUGUACAUUUUAGUCUAGAAGGAGAUAAAAAAGAUCUCUUCUAUAUUGAUUUGAACGAAAAUCGAAUCACGUUAAGAGCUGUUUCACAACUACCGACGGAUUUGAGUAGUCAAAUUUAUUUAAUCUUAAAAGCUAGCCGCGAACACACGAGUGGUGCAACUGCAACCAUUGUAGUCAAUUUACCUGAAGGUCCUAAUUUUACGUUUGAAGACGCUUACUACAAGGGAUUGAUUGUGGAUAAUUCUCUAAGAAUUCAAAAUUUAGUUCUACAAGAAAAUACAGAUUAUCCAGAAAUGCAAUUAAAUAUUAACAGCGAAUUUACUCAAUAUUUUACUGCUAGUGUACAAAAUAAUAAUGUAAUAUUGCGUAUGGAUCCACUUACUGAUAAAAUUAUAAAAAAUAAUAACAUUUUGACAUUGCAAGUUGUUGCUAUUGCUAACAACAGAACAGCAGCUACCGUGGUGAUUUUGGAAAUUAUUAAAGAUGACCGAACUACACCAAUAUUCGAAAAGAACAUAUAUAAUGCUACUUAUGAUCCUAUUCUUGGAGUGACAGUAGAAAAUAUUACAUUUAUUCAAGGUUUCGAUGAAACUGUGACUGUUUCUCUAGAGGGAGAUUUUAAAACCUAUUUUCAAAUAACACAAGAUGGCGACAUAUUUAACAUUAUCACGACAGGCUUGCCUUCACAUGUUUUAAAUGAACAACGUUUGUUACUUACUAUAAUUGCCACGAAGCCAAGAACAGUCGGAGCACAGGCGGUUCUUUAUAUCGCAAUGCCUGAAGCUAGAGCAUUGGCUUUUAAAUCUCUUACUUACAGCGGAUAUUUGGUAAAUAACAGUGUUGUACUGGAGCAGAUAGAGUUAAAUAUCGGCUACGAUGAAGACGUUGUCUUUGAUCUUUCGGGAGAUUAUGCAAGAUACUUUCUUCAAUUCAAUGAAGGAAACCUAGUAACUUUAAGUUUAUCAGAUCAAAUACCGGAAAGUGUAAUUUCUGAUAACAAUAUUCUUAUAAUUAUACUUACCGCAGAGGGUAAUGGUACUGAAAUAGCAAGAACAACUGUUGUACUAGAUAUUAUAAAACAAGAUACUACAACACCAAUGUUUAAUAAAAAUAUUUAUCAUGCUACUUAUUUGGAUGCUUCAACAAUAAGCAUAGAAAAUAUAUAUUUAAAACAAGGUUUUGAUGAAAAUGUAACAUUUCAUUUAUCAGGAGAUAAUGCACAAUAUUUUGCAAUUUCUUAUACUGGCAAUAAUAUUUCUAUAUCUUUAGAUACGAUAAUACCUGAAGAAUUAAUUUUCAACGAGAAGGUUUUACUAUUUAAUAUAUUAGCAGAAAAACCUUUUUCUGUAGGCGCCAACGCUGCAAUAUCAGUGCAUUUUCCCAAAGAACUAACGGAACCAGUUGUGACGAGAUUUUCCAAACACAGUUACACUGGUAAUAUUACCAAUGAAAUGUUUACAAUUGAAACUAUUGUACUGGAUCAAGGAUUUCAACCUCAAACAGAGUUUUUAUUAAUUGGAGAUCUUGCAUCUAUAUUUAGUGUGACAAACGAUGGAAAUAUUGUAACGUUAGAAAUAAAUGAACAAUUUCCCGAAGAGGUUAUUGAGAAUAAAAAAAAUAUUAUAUUAAAUAUCGAGGCAAUCCAUCCAAGAACAAUAAAGGCUCAUGCAACAAUAGUAAUAGAAAUUAUUAGUGAAUUGGAACCGAACGUAAUACCUCCAGUAUUUGAACGAGCUUAUUAUUAUGGAGAAUACUCUGUUGAAGAUAAUUUACAAUUCAAUCAAACCAUACAACUUAGAGAAGGACAUCAUGAAAAUAUUAGUUUUGAACUUGAAGGAGAAAGUUCGAUAUGGUUUUCACUUACGCCAUUGGACAAUGGAGUUAUUUUAACACUACAAAAUCCCAUACCGUCAGACGUAUUGGCAGAUAAUCAACAAUUAAUCUUUAUUGUUACUGCAAAUGUAUUAAACAGUACAGUUUCAGCUCGAUCUACGAUUGUUAUUGCACUUAUAAAAGAUAAUGAAGAAAUAGUUGUCCUUGGCUUUAACAAACCAAAUAUCCUUGGUACCAUCGACAACAAUACACUUAAUUUGGAAUCAAUCUCUUUGGUCCAAGGAUUUUCUUCCGAUGUCGUGUUUACUCUCCAAGGAGAGCUGGAAUCGUUUUUUAGUAUAGCAAUAAUUGAAUCGACAGUCACAAUUCAAUUAGAGGAUACGAUUUCUGAUAAUAUUGUUCCUGAUAAUAGAAUCAUUAUAUUAGAAUUGGUCGCAACAGCACCGAAAGCUAUUCCCGCUUACGUCACAAUAGUUAUUGAAGUUGUGAAACAUGAAAUUCCUCCAAUAAACGAUUUACUUAAAUUCACGCAAGCUUAUUAUAUUGGAGCCUACGACGUAACUGAAGGUCUUAAUUUUAGUUAUAAUAUAAUACUGCAAGAAGGUUAUGACGAAACUGUCCAAUUCACACUAGUUGGAGAGAAUUCGUUAUGGUUUGGAAUAGUAACGACUGAGAGUGGAGUGACAAUAAAUUUAACUAGUCCUAUUCCCAUCGAUGUUAUAAAUAACAAUCGGCAGCUAAUCUUUGAAAUCACUGCGAGUAAACUUAGCAGUUCAGUUACUGCCAGGUCUGCAAUAAUCAUAACCAUGACGAACGAACUAAAUACCACACUAAUUCUCGGUUUCGAAAAAAACAAUUACUUGGGAACAGUAGAUAAUGUAACUGUUAACUUGGAACCGAUAAUUUUAGUAGAAGGGUUUACUGCUGAAGUAGAAUUUUCACUUAAUGGAGAACUGGCGAAUUUGUUUACAAAGAGAAUAGAUGGAGCGAUGGUGUAUAUUUUACUUGAAGAUACAGUACCUGAUGAAAUUUUAUCUGGAAAUAGAGUAAUUGUUUUAGAAUUAGAAGCAAAAGCAAUAGAAGCAUUAUCAAGUUACACAACAAUUGUGCUCGAAAUUAUCCAAGAAAAUAAUAUACCUAUACAUGUAUUAAAAUUUAAAGAACCAUAUUACACUGGGCAAUACAAAGAAAAUGACGUACUUGAAUUUGAAGAAAUUAUUGCUCUUACUGAAGGAAGGAGUGAUGGUGUUGAAUAUUCAUUGGAAGGAGACAAUUCAAUUUGGUUUUCACUUGAAGCAGUUGGAGAUGGAGUAUUAGUUAUACUGUCCACUCCGAUACCACAAAAUAUACAAUCCGAAAAUAUGUUCCUUGUUUUCAUUAUAACCGCAACAAAACCGGAAAGUGUUACAGCUAGAUCAACUAUUGUGAUUUCAUUAACGAAUGCUUCAGAAGAUAACAAUAUUUAUUUCGACAAAUUACUGUACAGAGGUGUCUUACGAGAUAAUAUCAUAACACAUGAAAAUAUUUUAGUUUCUGGAUACAAUGGGACUGAUGUUGAAAUUUUUGGAGAUCAUGUAAAUUUAUUUGUUGCACAUAUAAACCAAGGACUUGUGACUGUUGGGUUGAGAGAUACAAUAGCAAUAACUGUGGACAGUACGUACGUGAUACUUGAAAUUCGUGUUCCCGGUGCUGGUUGCGUGCUUCAACUUGACGUCAUUGAUCAAGAGAUUCCAGCUCUGCCUACAGUAAGGUUUAGCUCCGAGUCAUACGUCAUGCAAGUGGACAUUUCUCAGACGGGACUAAUCGGACAAGUAUCUGCGAAUGCGGAUAAUGGAGAAUCUAUUACAUACUCACUUUCCAUUGACAAUGAUCAAUUGAAAGAAAUCCUGUCAAUAAACAGCAAUGGUGAACUACAUCUUACAGCUUCUAUUAGUAGCGGUGUACACACGUGCAGAGUUGUAGCUACCACAGAUAUCACGCAAGUCAAUGGAACAGCCACGGUUAUAUUAAUAGUGGAAUCAGGUGAAGAAAUCGGUCUACCGCCUCUAAUAAUUAUAGAAAAAGACGAAGAGUCGCCUUACAACAACCUUGUUACUCUAAAUACAACUAAAGACUGUCGAUAUGAGAUGACAAACCAUUGGCCGAUCGAUCAGAAAUGGCUAUACGUAGAUGACUACGGACUACAUACAAAUUCUAUAGAUAGAGAAGAUAAAUCCAUAGCAUUUAUGGCUUUAUCCCAAAUACAAGUUGAAUUAACAUUACAAUGUGAUAUUGACAAAUUGACAGUCCAAAGUAAAAGCUCAUUCAACAAUAUACCUAUGAAGUCUUUGGGAUCUUAUGACUAUGGUACCUAUAGAUGGGUUCUAACAGACCCUAUUUUGUAUAACCCAAGACGCAGCUUUGUUAACCUAAUUGUUAAUGAUAUUAACGACAAUGAUCCUAUAUUUGAUUUAAAAGAAAAUGAACCAAUAGCAGUUGGAUAUCCACUACCUGAAUUAGAAGAAAUAGUCCCCCCAAGAGCUUUAGUUGAACUAACGGCUACUGACGCAGAUAUAGGAGAGAACGCAGCUCUGGUAUAUUGGAGUUCGGAGCCUGCGCUGGCUGUGUCGCCCACAACAGGCCGUGUGCAUAUCAGCAAUAGCUCGCUGCUGCAGCAAGGCGCCGUACUUAGGGUGUCUGCCACCGACCGAAACGGAGUAGACGGACGCACUGGACAUAUUGACCUCAUGUUGCGAUUGUUAGACGUUCAUCAAAUAGCCGUUGUAACAGUUCAAGAUGCAUUCUUGGAAGAUGAAAUCAUCGUGUUAACAAACUUAACAAAUGCGCUUGGAUAUGAAGUUAAAGCGUUAAGAAGUGUCAUUAUGCCUAUGGAUUCUAACGAUAAUACAAAUAGAAAAGAAAGAGCUGCCGUGGUCAGCGCUGGAGCACUUUUACGUCUGUUUAUUUAUGGAUUAAUAAACCGUGAACCUGUAGAAGUAUCGCGACUUACUUCUGACAUUAACAGUAUUGUUAUGGGUAACAUAGCUAGUACUGUAUCAUUGAAAGAUCAUCUAGAAAGUCGUGAGAUAUGCUCACUCCCGGCACGUGAUACGGGCUUGUUAGCGGCGACUAUAGCACUCAGUAUUCUACUUUUCAUCAUAAUUGUGGUAUCUGCGGUGUGGUUUUUCCUAAAAUGGAGAAAGACGUACAAAUACAACAAUUUUAGUGACCAGAAUAGUUUAGCAUCAAGAGAUCAAAUUCCACCAACGGUGAAGAUCGAAGAACCAGCAAAACCGAGAAUGAAUAUAGAGGAAUUGAAGAGAAGCGAAAGGAGAUUACAAGAUAUAUUAGAUGCGCCAGAAACAUCGACACAAAAUGACAACGUACCUCAAACUGUUGUCGAUGUACCGACACCAGAUCAAAGAAUGCCUAUUGUCAUACAAUCGAUCGAUAAGCUAAAAGACGCCGCUGAAACAUCCGAUGAAGAUGAGUUUGGAGAAACUCAGAAAGCGAGAAGAAAGUCAGUUGUAACCUUUAAUGAAAACGUUGAGAAAAUUAUUCACUUAGAGGAUACUCCGAGCGACACCGACUACGAAGUCUAUAAAUUUUAAUUUUUAAUUUCUUAUUUUAAUAUUCAUACUGUGUAAUUUAUUAAAGAAUUUAUUUAAUAUGUUCUUUUAACGGUUAACAGUUAUAAUUCCAUUUAUAUUUGAAACGGAUCUUUCCUUAAGCAACCGAAAAAUUUUGUUUUCUAUUUAUAACGAAAUUUAAACUCACCUGAAUAUCUCAAAAGGCAUUGUCCUCUUUAUGACCGACCCUAAGAUACGAUCAGACAUACAAGUAAAAUUAUGUAUAAUACUUUAAUAACUUUAAAGUAUACUUAGGUGUUUAUGAUACUGGCAUU